UUAAAAUUCACAAUUACAAAUUGCUUGCUUGGAACCCAUUGUCAUUGCAAAUACACAGUUUCUCGGAGAUAUGUAAAAACAUCCUCAAAAAGCUGGUAGAAAAUACAAAUCAGUAAAAACAAUCAGUCGAUCAUAUGAGUUGGAUUUAUAUUCCAGCUGGAUUUAAGCUAAAGUCUUAUCAUUAGACUAAGCUGUAGAUUCUAUCCAUACGCAUCCAGUAUCAGUUUUAGACAAAUGGCCCAAAUGAAACUAUGAAAUUAAUGUUAAAAUCAACUUAAAUAAACAGUGACUGGUCUCCUGUGUAAACAGAAACUGUGUAAUAGGAAGUCCUAGAGUCGGCUCUGUAAACUCCAGCCCAUCCCAUUACCUUUAAAGGAGAGUGUACCCUGAACUAAAUAUGGACAUGCACUUUAACUGGAUUUCGAAGAAUGUCCCAGUCUCACAGUCUGCUUUGAUGAUGGGAGCCUCUUGCAGUCCAUCACUGGUACCCCUCACUGCAGCACUGUGAGUGCAGGAUUGAUGCCUUUGCUGGCUUUUUGGUGAUCAGGAUCCAGCAGGACACAUUGGAAUAUUGUAGAAGAGCACCAUCCUGACCAAAGAGUACAAGGUUUACCCUCUGGUGCAUUAAGUUAUUCUGGAAAACUCCAGGCCAGAGAUGUCCAGGCGAAAGGUGAGGGGACUGACCUGCACAGGUCGGCAGGUCAGUGAGGACCCAGAUCUGGACAACCUGCUCUCCACUCUCUCCCCUGAGGAGAUGGAGGAGCUGGACAAGGACCUGAUGAGUGUUCCAGACAUCAGACCAGAAGACGGGAAGAUCAUUGCCACCCAGGGGGAAAGCCACCCAGCUCUGAGCAAUAACGUCCAGGACUCGACGAAACGAAGCAACCCCAGAGGGAGGCUUGGUCAGAGAGAGCAGUCAUUUGAGGGAGAACCAAAGAAAGAGAGCCGGAAGCAGGAAUACCUGAGGAAGAUGGGCCUCAGCCAGGAAGGCGACGAUGAUACGAAAGUAGGAGUACGAAGACGGUCUAGUGUGACGACUGACAGAGAUGCCAAGAUGGAGGACAGAAACAGCAAAGAAUGUGAAAGUGUGAAGGAAGAGCGAAGCUGGCGUUCGAGUAGAUACAGCAGGAAGGUUGAAAGUGAUGCAAAGGAGGAUCUGAAUGAGAAAGAGAAAUGUGAGGAUUACAGAUCAAAAGACAGGAGGGAAAACAGAGAAAGCACAGGAAGCAAGACAAAGGAGAUGAUCUCCAAAUUACAGGAAAAAAAAGAUGAGAACAAAGAGAAGGAAAAGAGAGAGGACUGCAGGAAAAGAGAUGAUAGUAAAACCAAAGAUAUCAUCUCAAGGCUGCGUGAAAAGAGCGAGAAGGAGGUGGGAAAGGAAAGGGAACGAAAAUCCGAGAACAUCCGGACACAGGGGCUUGUCUCGAAAAUGGUUGAGAAACAGGCCAAAGUACCUGAGAUCCAAUCCCAAGAGACUAAACAAGCAGAAGGUAAAAACAAGCCUGAAGCCAACAAGCUAGCCGACAAAUCUGAGGAGCAGGUGACACAGAACAAGGCAGAAAUUAGAACAGACAGGGAAGAGCUGGUUAACCACAGUGACCAUGUGAAAGAGAAAGACAGAAAGAUCAGCACUGAUAUGAAAGCCGAGGAGAAAAGGGAAAAUGAUGACACUAAAGAAAGACUUAUCAAUGCAGAGGAAAAACCAAAACUUGGAAACUGUGUGGCCAAAAACAGCCCAAGCAGCAAGACCAAGCGGGAGGAAGAGGAAGAUGAAGACUCGAGCAUGUUCGAUGAGCUGAUGGAGCAAGUCCGUAGCAACGACCCCUCCCUCACCGAACUCAACGUCAACAACUCAGAGGUCAUCAAGGCAAAAACACUCAUCGAGUUUGCACAGGGCUUGCACAGCAACACCCACGUGAAGACGUUUGCGUUGGCCAACUGUCGAGCAGACGACCACGUGGCUUACGCCAUCGCCGCCAUGCUGCGUAGCAACAAGACCAUCACCAGCAUUAACCUGGACUCCAACCAUCUCACCGGCAAGGGCAUCCUGUCUCUGAUCCAGUCACUGCACUACAACGCCACGCUGACGGAGCUUCGAUUUCAGAACCAGCGUCACAUAUGCGGCGGGAAGACUGAGAUGGAGAUGACCAAGAUCCUGAAGGACAACACCACACUGCUCAAACUGGGCUACCACUUUGAGUUGGCAGGGCCGAGGAUGACCACCACCAAUAUCCUGAGUCGCAACAUGGACAGACAGAGACAGAGGCGCCUGCAGGAGCAGAAGCAGGCUCAGGCCAACGGUCAGAAAAAAGGGACCCUCGAGGUACCCAAAACAGGAGGUGGAGGGUCUUUGAAGAGUUCGCCAAAGUCUUCCCCAAAACCCUCUCCAAUUCCUUCGCCCAUGCCUUCCCCUAAGCUGACUCUCAAAAAACGAGCUGGAGGUUCUGCUCCUCCACCACCUCCUCCUCCUCCAGGUGGUGGACCGCCUCCUCCUCCACCUCCCAUGAUGGAUGGAGACCGCUCCUCUGGUGGCAAGAACUCAAGGGACCAACUGCUAGCCUCGAUCAGAGGAACCAACAUCAAGCAGCUAAAGAAGGUGCCAGUACCAAAAUGGCUGCAGUAACACUUCUUGAUGGAAAAUUCAGAGAACAAAAAGAAAGGGAGAACACACACCUCAUCACAGGAGAUAAACGUCCUUGAUGAAGAACAGUGCAUCAGGAAGGAGGGGGAAAUGUGAGCUUUUUGCCCUCUUUGAGAUUUCUCCCCCCAAACACUGGACCAAAUGGACUCUGUGGAGAACAAGUGAUGCAGGUCUCUACAGAGAGUGCCAUGAAAUGUUGCCUUUUCAGUUCAUAUUGAUGCUUUUUUUGCACUAUAUAAUAUGAAGCUGAUCAUAUAACAUGUUGGUGUGUGCAGUGGAUAUCACAGGUUUACACAGCCUUAUUGAAAUUGUACCUUUUUGUAGAAAAAUAAUUAAACAAUGAGAAAUCAUUUCAAAUUGUUUUCCACUUUUAUUGUGACAUAACCUUUACAAAUAAAAUGAAAUCAAACUUUGGACAGAAUAUGGAUCACGUUUAUAGAUGUCUACAAAAUACUAAAUAAGUACAAACUAAACAAAAACAAUACAUAAACAACUUUUUUAUUUUAUUUUCCUAAAUACAAUUCAAGAAAUGAUAAAUUGAGAGCAAAUCGAAACAAAAUCAUUUUUGAGUUGGAGUUGACAAAUUACAAUACAAACAUUUCAAGAGGGAAUCUAAAACUAAAAUAUUGAUCUUAUCAUGUUACCGAUCCAAUACUUACACCGACUUGGUAUCGAUAUUAUCAAUAUUUUGCAUCAAGCUGUCCACCUCCAUUGCAAAAUUUUAAUGAUCUACCAGAUUGUCCACAGCCCUCUUGAGGUGAGCUUGCAGAAUUUUCUGGAGAAAUUGAUCUCUAGAAAUUGAGGCCCAUUUUAUUAGCCUCACAGCAUAAUUGCUUAAGACAUAUUUUGGCAAAACUGCAAUAUCUGCGUAAUGUUGAUCUCCUCACACUGAUACGUCACCAUGCUGUGAGGCUGUAAUUUAUCAGACCUUAAAACAUUUUCUCUUAAAGUUUUGGGGACUCCAGAUAGUCCCAUAAGACCACAUGGCUUUUUUGAGGAAAAUGCUGUCAUUUAGCAAAUGUACUCCCUAACACAGAUAUAUGGUAACAUGUCACAUUAAAGGUAGUAAAUAUUUUGAACUGAUUCAUUAUGGUCUCUUUUUUAAAAAUAAAUCCAGUGUAUUUGAAGAGGGCUCUGUAAACCUCUAUUUGAUCCACUGUAUACUGUAUGAGUUAAGUUGAGUGAGGUGGGAGCAUGGGAUGAGUUUAGUUUCAAAUAACUAUAAAUGUAUUGCUUAAACAAAAGUUUAUCACUGAUGUACUGAACUUUAAUUUGACCCCUUAUUUAUUAGUGGAGGCCCCACAGCUGUAGAUGUGUUCAACUGGGUGGAAAUAUCAGGGAAUUAACAAACACGGAACCAAACUUUAGCAAAUCUGAGUACCGAAACAAAACCGAACAAAACAAGAUCAUGAACACCGUUUUAUUUUUGGUGUCAUGUCUUUUUUUAAACAUCUCAGACAGUCCAGAGAAAUCCUGAAACAUAAUGAGGGAUUUUUACAAUGGAAAUAUUUGCAUAUUGCCAUUUAUCAGACAGAGUGAAUGGUCCUAUAGUAUCUGAUAUAUUUUACAGAGAAUCAUUCUAGCCUGGCUGUUUUGUUAUCAGACUAAACUUUCUUUUAAUACUGCUUCAUGUCUUAACCUUUUACUGGUUUAAAUUUUAAUCUAAAUAUCAGCCUGAGCAGAACUUGACACUAUGUGGCGAGCUAAAAUCAGAGCUAUCUGAAGAUAAACACACGCGUUUCUUUACAUAUGUGUCUUUGACAGAGCCUGUAUGCCUUUAUUAAAAGAUCCUGGUAUGUUUGUGAGUGUAAAAUUAUGUCUGCCUGAUGUAUGAAAUAAAUAUGAAUGA